AUGACAGCAUACAACCCUGCAGCCAACGGAAUGUUGGAAAAGGGCCACCAUUCGUUAAAAGUGGCACUGAUGGCAUGGUGUACCGAUAAAAACUGGAAGGCACAGCUACCCUGGGUCCUGCUUGGACUUCGAACGGUACUAAAAGCAAACAGCAAAGAAUCCCCUGCCGAAAAAGUCUAUGGGGAAGCACUGGCAGUACUGGGUAAAUUCUUCCCCACGGAACCAGAUGACCAAGAUACGCCCCUCAGAAGACUAAGAGAAAUAGCAAAGGAAUUCGUGCCCUGCUGGAAGACUUUCACAGACAGGACACAGGACUACACACCAGAAGGCCUAGAAACCUGCAAACACAUCUUCCUGAGGGAUGAUGCCCGCCACCCACCCCUGUCCAUACCAUACAGAGGCCCAUACCAUGUCAUCACAAGAAACUCCAAGGCCUACCUCGUCGACAUCCAUGGGCAGGAAAACUGGGUAUCCGUCGACAGAGUAAAGCUAGCUUUGCUAAUGGACAAAGAAACCCGGGAAGAGAUUGGCAGUUGUCCGAGAAUUCCUCCACGAAACAAGACCUCAAGUGAAGGAACCAAUGUCCCGAGGUGUAGUCAAGGUUGUCCCAGGGGCCGGACGAAAGACAUCCCAGUAGGCCCACCGGAUGACCCAACAGUCGAGACCACCCAACAACCUUAG